AUGUCACCAGCGCACCUAAUGCUUGGAAGAGAUAUUAAAAGUUCCUUAGAACUAAUGAAACCGAAGUGUAAUGAGAUGAAACAAGCACCUGCGGAGCUACGUACAGCAGUGAGCAAUAUUUUGAAAAAACAAGAGCUGCAGAGGAUGCACUAUGGUGGUACGAGGAAAGUACUGUUUCAGGAAGGAGAUAGAGUCGUGGUUCGAGACUAUAGCAAUCCAAAUAAGGCUGCGUGGGUCCCAGCUAUUGUUCGAGCUGUUUCGGGAAAGCGUAACUAUCGGGUACAAUUAUUAGAAACCGGUCGGUUCAUCAAGCGUCAUCUUAACCAAAUGAGGAGAGACUCGCGUAGCUAUCAGCUUAUGGAUGAGGAUUCUACAACGGUCAUUCCACAGGCAAACCGAAGUGUCUGCGAUUUAGCCCCCGUUAAGAGAACAUUUAGUAACGUUGCAACAAUUAACGAUGAUUUAAACAAUAGUCUAGCAUCUAGUACAAAUGAAACUGAAAACGAAUCGUUUGUUAGUGUAGAGAACCUGACACGCGAUAUGAGCCGUUUGAGCUAG